ACUUCAUCUAAAAAUUUCUGAUAAAUAAAUCGAAGUCAAGAACCAUAGACCCGAUUACUAGUUAAACAAAAUGGUAAACGCACACCUAAAAACCCCCUUAAGGAUAAAAGACUGUUGAAAUCCACGAUUAUAGUGUAGAAUUACUGCUGUCAAGAAUGGCUUCGACGGAGCAGCCGCCAAAGAAGCGGAAAUUAUAUGAAGCUCCUCCCCCUCCACCGCCUCCACCGCCGACUCAACCGCCUCCACAGCCUCCUCCUCCUCCACCACCGCCUCAAACUCCGCCACAAUUAUCUCACGAUGAAAUUCUUCGAAGGCGGCGAAAUCAGGAUGAAAUUCGCAAUGUUUAUGAGAAUUACAAGACAAUCAAGCGCUGUAUAUCUUCCGGAAAUGAUCCUCGUCAUAUGCCCGAGCUUGAGCAAGCAUAUCUUUCUCUCAUCUCCGCUUCUAGAGGUUGUGCAAGUGUUCAGCGCAUUUUAUCUGAAUUUAUUCCUCGAUAUGGAUCAUUCUGCCCUACAGCGCUUGAAGCUGCUGCUCAAGUUGUAAUUAAUAUGCAUAACUGGAGUGUGCCAGUGAUAAGUAGAGGGGAGGAUGCUGAUGGAGUUCUGUUUGAGACUGCUCAGAAUUGCGUUAGUGGCUUGGUUGAUAUCUGCUGUAUAGCCUCCAAAGAGGCACCUACAUCAUCUGUUAUUCAAGGCAUCUGUUCUGCUGUGUUUCUAAAUGCUGUUACCUUCUUUGCAUCGUCAGUUGAUGGCAAAGAUAUUUUUCAAAUUAUAGAUAAAGAAGGCCUACGGAUGCAAGCCUCUGCAGAAAUGUAUAAUUUGUUAAAGCAAAGGAUUUUAGAAGAAGAAGCAUCUUCAUUAUUUAAACUGUUAAAGUUUCGAGCUUUAAGUUGUCUUAGGAUCUUUUUUCUUUGCCCUAAAGAUGUACUUGCUGCGUGCUUUGAGCUCUUCAACACUCGUUCAGCAGAUGGAAUAUGUAGAGAAGGAACAUACUUUCUUGCUCAGUUGUGCUGUGCAGUCAAUACUGAUGAUUACUCAUAUUCCUCAAUGAAUGGAGAUAAUGUUCAGUCUGAAGAUUGCACAGGCUGCAAGGGGUCAUUUGAUUUGAAAAAGGAUGAGAAGUCUGCUGGUGAUAAAGCUAUUGGAAACAAAAAAGGUUUAUUAAAAAGCUGCUUGCUGGGAAUGCUUCUUCACAGAGAUCCUUCCUUAAAUAAGUGGAUAUUUUCUAGGUACUUGAGGCUGCAGAAAUCAGCAUCUUCUGACUCUGUGUCUCAGGUCACUAGUGCUUUUCAAGGUGUUUUUGAAUCCUUCACUCAACAAGUUCGAGAAGCUACUGAGAAUAGUGAUGGAGAAGGUUCAGAUCCAUCCACUUAUCUUAGCAAGCAAUAUUUGGUCAGUGGGACCUCUAAUCAACACAGGAUCCUCUGUGAAGCUUCUGGAAAAGAUUUGUCUUUGCAUAUUCAUGAUAAACCCUACAAGCAUGAGUUACCAAACAAUAAUUCAGAGAAGUUUUUGAGACGCCAUAGCUCCAUGGAUCGUUCAAUCAAUUGCUCUAAUUAUGAUAAUGGCAUAAUUGGUUCACCCUUAUCAGGAAAAACAACUCAAAUUAAGAUUGAUCCUUUUCAACAGCGAGAUCAGGCUGCACUACUUGAGAAAAAUCAAGCUAUGAAUGUAAAUGCCAUGAAAUUCUCUAGUGGUCCGGCAGUAAAUGUUUUUGGAAGCAAUGUAUCAUUACCUUACUCACCUGCAUCAAAUCAAAUCAUUUGGUUUUCAGAUGGAGACCCUGCUGCAAUGGAUGUUUUUUCUGCUUCUAGACAACUUUGGGUUGGCUGUUUGUCUCCUGACACAUCUGAGUCUGCAGUAAGGUUUGAACUUGAGAAAUUUGGCCCUGUAGAUAAUUUCUCUUUUUUUAUAAUCAAGGGAUUUGCGCUUGUUGAGUAUAAAAGCCUUAUUGAUGCCAUCAAGGCUAGGGAAUGUUUGCGAAAGUAUUCUCCCUGGGGUUAUUCGAUUCGUGUGAAAUUCGUCGAUAUUGGGUUAGGAACAAGAGGGGCCGUGAACGGUGUGGCUAUUGGCUCAAGUUGUCAUGUAUAUGUUGGAAAUUUAUAUAACCAAUGGAUGAAGGAUGGGAUUAUGCGUGAAAUUAUGAAGGUGAUUUGUAGAGGGCCUCGUCAAGUUACUGAACUCAGCAGUGAAGCUGCAUUGCUUUUGGAGUUUGAGACUCCUGAAGAAGCUGCCAAUGCAAUGGCAUGCAUAAGGCAGUUUCGUAAAGGGACAAACAAUUUCGCAGCAACGGGUGCUGUUGAUGCGCCAAGAUCUUGUCCUAAUUUGUGGAAUGUUGGUGCUGCUCCUGUCAGCAAUGCCUUUGGAAUGUGCAACUCAGCUGGUUCCCCUCAUAGCCAAACAGCUGGAAGCCCAUCAAACAGGAUGCAUAAUGCUACUUUUCCUUUUACGAUGAAAUCGGAAGGGAUACCUCCAGAAUUUUCCUCACCUAGAACUAAUUUUGAGAAUCAGGGAAUGGCUGUACGAAGUGGGCAAGUAUCACAGAUGAAUAUGGCUGUCAAUGGUUCCAUAGAUAUUGGAUCAGGACAGACAUGGUUAUACAGGAAGCCAGAUGUGGAAUUGCAACCUGUAGGAGGAACUAUGACUUGCAUUCCUAUGGUAACUCACGGAUUAACAAAUUUACCACCUCAACCUAUUCAAACUUCACCGUACGUCCAACCUGUUUAUCCACCACCAACUAGUUCUUGGGAUGCGCUUGGUUUCAGCUAUCACAUGCUGCUUACUAAUGUACAUAGUAACUCCGUUCCUCCACCUUUUGUUCAAGCUUCAGUGACACCGUUGCCACAGAUUCCAGGAAGUGGUAUUCAGACAUAUAGUCAAGUAGUACCACAGCCGAUUACACCAUCAAUGCCACCACCUCAACCUGAUAUACCACCCCCUUUACCCCCUGUUUCCAUGGCCCCACCUCCUCCUUGUUCACCUCCCCCACCUCCCCCGCCUCCCCCACCUCCUAUCAUGGACCCACUCCCCCCUGCCGCUGAACCUUCCGAUUUGACCUGUGCAGUAGGGUCUACGCAGAUUCCGUGGCAGGGUUCAUUAUCAAAAAGUGGAGUUCAUUAUUGUAAUGUUGAUGCGCAUAGGGUUGAUUCAGAUACAUGUAAAUAUUCAAUACUCAUUUCAGAGCCUGCUGGGUGGCCAAUGAAAUUGGACAUGACAAAACGGACAGAUUUUCGCCAUGUUAAAACUGCAUUCUCCAACACCUCAUCUUCCAGAAGGGAGGUAUGCAUGCUUGCACCAUCUUCAGCUGCUGAUCAUAAAGGAUUUCAUGACUUUAUCUCGUAUCUGAAGCAGAGAGAAUGCGCUGGCGUUAUUAAGAUCCCAGCCACAAAAUCCAUAUGGGCAAGACUGCUUUUCAUUCUCCCAUGCUCACCUGAGGCUUGUUCAAUGCUCUCUAUAAAAACAAACACCUCUGAUUGCCUUAUCACUGUGGUUUUGCCAAAGGAAACAAAUUUGGAAUCUUCGUAGCAUAUCUUUGGAAGACAUUUUAUGGAACUUUUAUGUAGACUUGAACGGGCUGUUUCACUCUUUGUGCAUGUAGAAAAAAGAGGUAUGUAAACCCUUGCACAAUUAUGACGUUUAACCUUUGAUAAGGUUAAUAUGAGCGGUGAAUCUUGACCUAAUGCAAAUAUUUAUUUUCCAUGUUACUGCACAGCAAAGAAAUAUAUUAGCAGUGCAGAAAUUCCGGUUGCCAAUCAGCUUAGCUGUUGUAAGGGUUCUAACUUUGGGAACUUGAGUCGAUUUCCGUUAGUAAUAUGAGAAAUUGAAAGCCUUGCUAACUGAACUAACUACAGUUUUAGGAUGUAUAUUCUUGUUUACACCUUUCCCAUUUUGGUUAGGUGCCAUUUGAUACUCAACGCCUUUGUUCGUCUGUAAAUGUAAAUUGAGUCCAGUGUUUGUGGCUUAUAGUUCGACUGGAUUUUGAGUUUCAAUAAUAGUAUUGGAUUUCAAUGUUACCUGAAAUUUGAACUCCAUGCUCACAGAACACAGUGCAGAUGAAAUAAUGCAUAGGUCAUCACAUCAGAACGGUUUUUGCAUUUGUUCGAUUCAUAUAUUGUUGAGAUUACGAUUUUGGCAUUAUUAUGAGUUAUUGUUUGAUA